UGUUGCUUGAAGCAGCGGUUGUUCUUUUACGAAGUGGCUAAGAGAACAAUCGCAGCUUCUGGGCGUCACAAACGAGUCGUCAGUGCCCAGUUGAACAGGGCUUUGUAGACGUUUAGUGUUAUUAUGUAACAGGAGGCGUGGAGGUUGUAAGUGGACAACGCACGCGCGGUGGAGGCCUGCGCGCAAGGGAUGAGGGUGCGUCAGUCGGCGCUCGGCGACCGGAGAAGCUUCGCGCUCUGCGCCGCGCCCCUUUCCGCCAGAGCGUGGCUCGGGGCGUGGCGCUUACGUAAACACGCGUGGUGCUCCCGCUGCGGCGGCCACGCCACUGUCCGUCGCACGACCCCAUGUCGGCCAGCCGCCUUCGCGAUAUAUGAGGAUAGCUCACAGCACGCUGCCGCGCCGCCGCCCGCCGCGCCGCUGCCGGGGCCACCAUCGCUUACCGCGCUUAUAGCAUCAAAAAUGGAGAUGCAGGCGCGAGUCGCGCUGAUGGCGUUGGCGGCGCUGAGUGCGCUGGCGGUGGCCGGCGCGGCGGCGGACGCGGCGGCGGAGCGCGGCGGCGGGAUCAAGGUGGGCGGCGGCGCCACGGGCGCGGGCGCGCGCGAGGCGGCGCGCGGCGGCGGGGUGCGCAUCGGCGUCGACGGGCUGCGGCGCCCGCGCACGUCGCCCGCUCCGCAGGCGCCGCGCGCGCCCAGCGUCAUCACUGCCGCCCUCGUCGUGCCCCACAAGGCCUUCGGUGCACGCGAUUACACGAGAGCCGAGAAAGCGGCUCUCUCCAAACUGCCGCGCAAACUCAAACUUUUCACACAAGUGCGCCUAAACAAUACGCUUUCUAUGCAGGGCCUUACGCCUAGUCCUAUGUCUAUCUUGGACUCGCUAUGUAAAGAAUUUUUAGCAGUCAACGUGUCUGCUAUACUGUAUCUUAUGAAUCAUGAACAAUAUGGGCGGUCUACUGCCUCUGCACAAUAUUUUCUACAACUCGCCGGAUAUCUUGGCAUACCGGUCAUUGCAUGGAACGCAGAUAACAGCGGCCUAGAAAAACAUGCGUCCCACGCAUCUUUGCGUCUUCAGUUGGCACCAACGAUCGAACACCAAACAGCUGCUAUGCUAUCCAUACUGGAGCGAUACAAGUGGCAUCAGUUUAGCGUCGUCACGUCAGCUAUUGCUGGCCACGACGACUUCAUACAAGCCGUGCGUGAAAGAGUCUCUGCCCUCCAAGAUCGAUUCAAAUUUACUAUACUCAAUGCUGUAGUUGUUAAAAAAGCGGCUGAUUUGAAUGAGUUAGUCACAAGUGAAGCUCGUGUAAUGCUUUUGUACGCCACUAGAGAAGAGGCAGCUGAUAUACUAUCAUCGGCUGGAGAUCUACAUCUUACUGGUGAAAAUUUCGUUUGGAUUGUUACACAAAGUGUACUCGGUUCCAUCACGCAGCUACCACAUAAGUUUCCUGUCGGUAUGCUAGGUGUACAUUUCGAUACAUCGAGUUCGUCAAUUAUCGCCGAAAUAGCAACAGCAGUGAAAGUAUUCGCGUACGGCGUAGAGUCCUACGUUUCUGCACCAGAGAACGUUCGCUAUCCUCUUGGGACAAGACUAUCGUGUAGCGGAGAAGGUACUGGAGAAGCACGUUGGUCAACUGGUGAAAGAUUUUACCGACAUUUACGCAACGUUAGUGUCGAGGGCGAAUCCGGUAAACCGAGUAUUGAAUUUACUCCGGAUGGCGAACUGCGAGCAGCUGAACUUAAAAUCAUGAACCUCAGACCAACUCUUGGUGAUCAGCUGGUUUGGGAAGAAAUUGGAACAUGGAAUUCUUAUCCAAAAGAGCGGUUGGUCAUAAAAGACAUAGUGUGGCCUGGGGGCCUACACACACCACCUCAAGGUGUUCCAGAAAAGUUUCAUAUGCGAAUAACAUUUCUUGAAGAACCACCAUAUAUAAACCUAGCUCCGCCUGAUCCCGUCAGUGGCCGAUGCUCUUUAGAUAGAGGCGUCAUUUGCCGAGUAGCACCUGAAGUUGAAGUUGCUGGGUUGGAAGCAGGCACUGCGCAUAGGAACAGUUCACUGUACCAAUGUUGUAGUGGGUUUUGUAUAGAUCUGCUGCAACAGCUCGCUGAACAUCUUGGAUUUACAUACGAGCUCGUCCGCGUGGAGGACGGACGAUGGGGCACACUACAUCAUGGAAAAUGGAACGGUUUAAUCGCAGAACUUGUAAACAAGAAAACGGAUAUGGUACUAACAUCAUUGAUAAUAAACUCGGAUCGAGAGUCUGUUGUGGAUUUUAGCGUGCCUUUCAUGGAAACAGGCGUAGCUAUCGUAGUUGCUAAACGCACAGGCAUCAUAUCUCCGACAGCUUUUCUCGAACCAUUCGACACAGCCUCAUGGAUGCUCGUCGGAGCUGUUGCUAUUCAAGCGGCCACGUUCUCAAUAUUCUUUUUUGAAUGGCUAUCACCGAGUGGUUUCGAUUGCUCAACGGGACUCAAUUCAAAACGUGUACCGCAAAACAGGUUUUCCCUCUGUCGAACUUAUUGGAUUGUGUGGGCAGUAUUGUUUCAGGCAUCGGUCCAUGUAGACUCUCCUCGGGGCUUCACUGCGCGGUUUAUGACUAACAUGUGGGCUAUGUUUGCGGUGGUGUUCCUCGCGAUAUACACGGCUAACCUCGCCGCGUUUAUGAUCACGAGGGAAGAGUUCCACGAGCUGAGCGGGCUGGACGACCCGCGGAUAGCGCGGCCGCUGUCGCACCGCCCCGCGCUGAAGUUCGGGACCGUGCCCUGGUCACAUACAGAUGCUACCCUCGCCAAAUAUUUCCAAGAACCGCACGCUUAUAUGGCUCAGUACAACCGCAGCACAGUAAGCGCAGGAGUGACGAGUGUCCUAACUGGUGACCUCGAUGCUUUCAUUUACGAUGGCACAGUUCUGGACUAUCUCGUGUCACAGGACGAAGACUGCCGAUUGUUGACAGUAGGCUCGUGGUACGCGAUGUCUGGCUAUGGAUUAGCGUUUACCCGAAAUUCUAAAUAUCUUAGCAUGUUUAAUAAGAGAUUACUUGAUUUACGCUCCAAUGGAGACCUAGAGCGGUUACGCAGGUACUGGAUGACAGGCACAUGUAAACCCAACAAACAGGAGCAUAAGUCUUCAGACCCCCUGGCGUUGGAGCAGUUCCUCUCGGCGUUUCUGCUGCUGAUGGCGGGGAUCUUGCUGGCGGCGCUGCUGUUGCUGCUGGAGCACGUGUAUUUCCGCUACAUGCGGGAACACCUCGCGGCAUCCAAGUCUAGCAACUGCUGUGCCCUCGUGUCCCUCUCAAUGGGACAAUCAUUAACAUUCCAUGGCGCAGUGGUGGAAGCAGCGGCGCGGGGUUUUGGCCCCGGCAAGCGCGGCCAUUGCCGGUCUGCCGUUUGUGCUGCCCAGGUGUGGCGGGCACGGCACGAGCGCGACGCGGCGGUGGCGCGCGCGCGGCAGCUGGCGGCGGCGCUGGCGGCGCACGGGCUGCAACCGCCGCCGCGCCGCCUCGCCUCUGCCGCCGCGCUGCUGGCGGCCGGGCGCGCGCACGACGCCACGCGCCCGCGCACGCUGCACGCGCCCGCCGACCUGCUGCCCGACCUCGACCGCCCGCUCUCAUGCGGCGACCUGCGCGCCAGAGAGCGGACGCGGGUAGAAAUGGAAACAGUGCUGUGAGGUGCAUAUUGCGCCACCCUAUUUCAAUUCCUGAAGGCUGUUCUUACACCAAGUUAUACAAGACGAAGUUAGGUAUAUCUAAUGUUAAAAAUAUGGACAGAUAAAAAAGCGUUGUAAUUAUUAAAUAAAUUAUUCCAAUUAUUAAAACAGAGAGAUGGACGUAGAUAGCGAAGCGUUGUUGUGGGAAGCGCGCGCGGGGCGGGCUGGGCGCCGGGCGCGCGUCCUCGUGUUGUCUACUACAAUAAAAUAUAUUUUUUGGACAA